AUGUGUUCCUUGUCUAUCUCUGUUACUUAUCGAUGUGUUCAUUAUCUGUCUCCGUUCGUUAUCAAUGUUUUCAUUAUCUAUCUAUCUAUCUAUCUAUCUAUCUAUCUAUCUAUCUAUCUAUCUAUCUAUCUAUCAGUUCGUCUUUUGUCUGGUUUUUUGCGCCUAUCUCUCUCCCUAUCCGUAAAUCACUGUAAAUUAAUACGUUUUUUCUCUCUCUCAGUUUCUUUCUUUCUUUCUUUCUUUCUUUCUUUCUUUCUUUCUCCCUUUCUUUCUUUCUUUCUUUCUUUCUUUCUCCCUUUCUUUCUUUCUUUCUUUCUUUCUUUCUUUCUUUCUCCUUAUGUCCAUAUCUAUCUAUCUAUCUAUCUAUCUAUCUAUCUAUCUAUCUAUCUAUCUAUCUAUCAGUCUCAUCAUAUAUCUCUCCCAUAUCUAUCUAUCUAUCUAUCUAUCUAUCAGACUCAUCAUAUAUAUCUCCCAUAUCUAUCUAUCUAUCAGUCUCAUCAUAUAUCUCUCCGAUAUCUAUCUAUCUAUCUAUCUAUCUAUCUAUCUAUCAGUCUCAUCAUGUAUCUCUCCCAUAUCUAUCUAUCUGUCUCAUCAUAUAUCUCUCCGAUAUCUAUCUAUCUAUCUAUCAGUCUCAUCAUGUAUCUCUCCCAUAUCUAUCUAUCUAUCAGUCUCAUCAUAUAUCUCUCCCAUAUCUAUCUAUCUGUCUCAUCAUAUAUCUCUCCCAUAUCUAUCUAUCUGUCUCAUCAUAUAUCUCUCCCAUAUCUAUCUAUCUAUCUAUCUAUCUAUCUAUCUAUCUAUCUAUCUAUCUAUCAGUCUCAUCUAUCUAUCUAUCUAUCUAUCUAUCUAUCUAUCUAUCUAUCUAUCUAUCUAUCUAUCUAUCAGUCUCAUCAUCUAUCUAUCUAUCUAUCUAUCUAUCUAUCUAUCUAUCUAUAUAUCAGUCUCAUCAUCUAUCUAUCUAUCUAUCUAUCUAUCAGUCUCAUCAUCUAUCUAUCUAUCUAUCUAUCUAUAUAUCAGUCUCAUCAUCUAUCUAUCUAUCUAUCUAUCUAUCUCAGUCUGUUCAUUAUCUAUCUAUCUAUCUAUCUAUCUAUCUAUCUGUACAGAUUUAUCUAUCCAUUUUUACAAGUCUAUCUAUCUAUCUAUCUAUCUAUCUAUCUAUCUAUCUAUCAGUCUCAUCAUCUAUCUAUCUAUCUAUCUAUCUAUCUAUCUAUCUAUCUAUAUCAGUCUGUUCAUUAUCUAUCUAUCUAUCUAUCUAUCUAUCUAUCUAUCUAUCUAUCUGUACAGAUUUAUCUAUCCAUUUUUACAAGUCUAUCUAUCUAUCUAUCUAUCUAUCUAUCUAUCUAUCUAUCUAUCUAUCUAUCUAUCUAUCUCCUUAUCUCGCUGGACUUCACUCUGUUUAUACCCGUUCUUCUUACCAAAUAUAUUUUCCUUUUUACCCCCCCCUUCUCUCUCUCUCUCUCUCUCUAUCUAUCUAUCUAUCUAUAUAGUGCUGUUAUCUAUCUAUCUAUCUAUCUAUCUAUCUAUCUAUCUAUGUAUCUAUCUAUCUAUCUAUCUCAAAGAAAGCACAAAGACAUAGUACUGACGGCUAAUAUUACCAUUGGAUUACUAUCUAUCUAUCUAUCUAUCUAUCUAUCUAUCUAUCUAUCUAUCUAUCUAUCUAUCUAUCAGUUUAUUACUAUCUACCAACACAUAUUUCAAUUUUUUAUAUCUGUUCACUGUUUGACUAGUAGGUGGAAAUAUUUUUAUUUGCGAUUUAAUCAAUCCACGAUAUGUCCAAGAACGUACGUUUUUUUUUUUUUCAAACCGUAG